GUCCAGGUCGGGAACAACAGCCCCCCCUCUCACGUAUUCCGUGUGCCAGCCAAGCCUCCUUUGUUGUGAACACUCAUUAGCGGCAGGACAAGGGGCCCUCAAACUGCCUCCGCCUCUGCUCGAGGACACACACGGAACCACGGGGACAGGCGGCCGGUCGGGGGCUCGCUCAGAGACGCCCAAAUGGACUCCCCGGGUUGUGAAGUUGCAGCAAUGAGGAGAGGAAGCUACGGUGAUUGUGCGGCGUCUCUACGUCCCCACCUCAGACACUUGGCUCAGAGACGACGCUCGGCCCCGUCAUUGGUCUUCGGGAAGGCGUUGGGGAUGCCGUGGUCUCCUAUCAGAGAGGAGGCUUCCUGUUGGGUCUCAGUGGAGCAGAGUCCAUUCGUCCUCGGCCUCACGAGUGAAAACGGAGAGCUGCUGCUGGAUGAGGACGUUCAGGUCACCGAGGGCUCGAAGAUCAAGGAGAGACACCUGUUCCUCUUCAGCGAUGUCCUCGUCUUCUCUAAAUCCAAGUCGACCAGCAGCUACCGCCUGAAGCACAGGGUGAGCCUUGAGGACGUCUGGCUUUACGGGUUCGAAGAUGAAGCGGUGGAAGAGGAGGGAACAACGGGGGACAUCGACCUCGGGGUGACCCUCGUCUUGGCCUGGGAUCUCACUGUUUCUCUGGUGUGUUUUGGCUCGCCUGAGGUGAAAGAACGCUGGUUAGAUAUUCUUCACCGAAAAAUUAAAGAGGCGAAAGCAAAGGCCGGCUGUACUUCUUCCCAACCAGACGUCCUCAUGAAGGUUUUGAGUGGCAGCAUCACGACUAAAACUCUAACAGGAGGUGGGAUGGAACAAUUCAUUGAGUUUCCACUUGAUGGCGAUGCAAAGAUCUGCCCGGCGUCAAAGCAGAUGAAGAACCAGGAGGACAAGCAUGCCAUUGAAACCAAGUGGAACCUGGUGAGGAGGCUCAGGAAGGGCUCGAGUUUCAUCAACAAAGCGAGCCGAUCAGAUACCGAUACCAAGACUCAGCUGUUUGGACGGCCCCUCUGUAACAUAUGCACAGAUGAGCAUUCACUUCCCAAACCAGUCAUGGAGGUGAUGGUGCUUCUGAGGAAGAGAGGCCCGUCCACAGAGGGAGUGUUUCGGAAACCUUGCAACAACAGGAACAUGCGGGACAUCCGAGAGCAGCUGAACGGCGGCCUGGAGGUGGACUUGGGGGGCCAGCCGGUGGUUCUGCUCGUCGGGCUGCUCAAAAGUUUUCUGAAGGAACUUCCCAGCAGCCUGCUGGUGUCUGACCUUUAUGACAAGUGGAUGGCAGCUCUGGACAAAGAAGACAUCCAGCAGAGAGCUCUGGGAAUGAAAAAGGUGGCAGACGACCUCCCGCCAGCCAACAAGCUCCUCCUGCAGCAUCUAGUCUGCGUCCUCCAUCACAUCCUCCAAAACGCUGAGACCAACAAGAUGGAUGCCUACAACCUGGCGGUGUGUAUCGCCCCCACACUGCUGCAGCUGGAAUGCACCCUGCUGGACGAGCAGAAGGAAAAGAUGAAGAAGGUCACAGAGCUGACACAGUUCCUGAUCGAGCAUUGUGAGAUACUUGGAGAGAAUAUCCCAAAUCUGCUGGAUACUGAUGAAGCAGACUCACUGUCCUCCCAGCAUCACGACUCUGCCUACGACAGCACCGACCCGGAUGGAGACGGAGAGGCAGCGGAGAGUACCGGCUCCACACACGGAGAGGGUGGAUCGUACUCCUCUCUCAGCCCCAGUUUCACCGCCUCGUAUUGGCCGAACCGUCGCUGCUCUGAGCCCAUCAUCCUCCUCUCUGCGGACCUGGAGAGCCUGUGCAGCCACUCCAGGAGCCACGACGACUGCUCGCUGGAGAGGAGAGACUUCGAGGAGCAGCCUCUGAAGAAGCAGAUCUCAGACGACUCCUUCUUGCUCAAAGGACGAGACGGAGCAAGAAAAGACUUGUCUUUUCCAAAACUGGGCAGCAACUCCAACAUGGAUCCUCUGCCCUACAUGGCGGGCAACCUCUCGUGCUCUUCCCUCGAGAGUGCCGCCUCUAACCAGUCCGAAGGCUCUGUUUUCACAAGCUCCCCCGUGGGGUCGCCGGCCUGCCCCAGGAAACCUUCGGUGGCUGCAAAGCCUCAGCAGGACACGGGCGGGCCAAAUUCAGAGGAGAAGAAGCGCUCGCAGUCCAUGAGAGUCGCCACUAGAGUCCUGAUGAGGACGAGGAGCCUGGGGACCUUCAGCAGGAACAGCGGGAAGAGAGACUCUCAGAAGGAGAACUCCUUCCCCUGUGAAACCCUCCAGGAGGACUCUCAGAGCGAAGCCGAUCCACCAGCAGAGUCCUUGCACAGACCCCGCCCCCUGUCGGCCAUUGAGGUGUUCAAGCAGGCGGACAGCAGGCUGCCCUGCAGGCCUCCGUCGUACGAGCAGGCGGUGCAGAGCACGGGCCCGCCGCCGCAGUACGGAACCAUGACGGUGCACGACGCCGUGCAGCUGGGGCGGAGGACCCGUCCGGCCUCUUUGAACUACGACUUCCCACCGACGUGUCCAGUCAACCAGUACGCGGACUGUUUCGCCGAAGCAGCGCGGGCCAAAGCCAACGUGGUUGAGCAGCGGCAGGCCUUCCGCCAGAGAGCCAUGUCGGAGUCGGUGUGCGGGCGGCCUCACGAGGGCGUGUCGCGCAGAUGCAGCCAGCCCGUGUUCGAGGAUCUGUCUUACGCCAAGGAGUCUUACGUCUGAUCCGCUUUGAAACUUUUUCCCAGAUCAGAUUUUGAAAUACACAAACAGUUGUUUUCAGUUAAAUGUCGUGGGCAAAGCCUGAUUACCAGUUCUUUUGUUUUCCUUCAUUCAGAGACACAGCAUUCAUAUGUUUUCUUUGAACUGUUGGGCUCCAUAAUUGCUCCUUCCCCUUUGAAGCUGUGUUUUUAAAGCUGUGCCCACGGAGCAGAAACACUUGUAUACGUACUUAUACUGUCCACUCUGUAAAUCCGUCACUGUUUCACUUUGAAUGUAUGUCAGCUAUGUGCCGCCUCUGCGGUUGCAUUUUUUUCAGUAGUACUGUUUAGAGUACAGCAUUUAAAAUAUAUAGUCAACGUGAGAGAUAUCUACCACAAUGAAGCUAUGAAAAAGCUAUACAAUAUGCUAUGAGUUUGAUGUGUUACUGCUUUUUGUACAUCCUGCAUGUGUUUUUUCUUCCACUACAUGAAAGCACUUUUCUUGUGAUCGACUAUGCUUUGUACAUAAUAUCAGAUAAAGAUAGAUAGAUGUGUAAUCUUUGUCCAAAUCUUUGUGCUCUUCAAGAGUCCUGCCGUUCCUCAAUAAUGUCAAUUGGGGGUAAAAUGGAAUGAAAAUAAAAAUAAAAUAAAUAACAAAGUAAAAUAAUUUGCUUUCACUGUUACUUUUAAAAAAGCUUGCAUGUUGUGUUCCUGAAAAGCUGAAGGCUGAAAUAAUGAGAAAAUGGAGGAGGGUGACUCGUUGGGCCCAACUGCUCUUUUGAUGUGUUGUGAAACAGAAGCUCUAACGCUCAUUGAGAGAACAGCAUGUUCUUGCACAUAUGUAACUGGAGGAAACUAGUCGUGGUCACAUGGGUGGAUUGGGUUUUUCUCUGAAUUGCUGUUCUACGCACACUUAUCUCUCCCUUCCUGUCUUUGGUGUUUUACCACACUGUGCCCUUCCUCGACAAGUCAAGUUCAUACAAAAAUUGCAGUAAGAUUGCAAAUGUAAAUCUUUCAUAUUGGAAUUUAGGAUAAAGAAAAUAAUCUCUGAUAAUGCUACUUCUUCCGUGUCAGUUUAAAAUGUAAGUUUUAGUGGACCAACUGCAGGAACAACUACAUUUGUGCAGAAUAAUGGUUUUUUUUAACUUCCAUCCAAAAGGAUUUUGUAAAAGUAACUUUAAUUUGCAUAGCCACAAAUGUGCUUUAGAGGGCUUUACAACUCAAAAACAAAAAGCUUGUUAGGCUCCAAAAUGUAUAUUAAUGUAUACUCAAGUUAGACAAAAAACAACAAAUCAACUAAUGGACAGUUGUAACAUUAGCUACACUUUAAUCACUUGUAUUUUUCCAUAUUAUAUGGACUGUCCAUAUUGUAAUGGUAACUGUGUAAAAAAAAGUGUGUUGUUUCUUUUGUAAAACUGUUAUACUAAAACCAUGUUAGUUUCCAUAAAUAUUAUAGAAAAGGUUGCAUCUGCAUUGCAUCGUAGUUAUUUAGGGAAAGUGCAUCGGAUUGUAUUGGAUUUUGCCCGUCCAUCACAUUUUAAAAUAAAUACUU